GAAAUCAAAAUGACUUCAACCAAAACCGUCGCCUUCUUUGCUUUUGCUCUCUUCCUCCAGUGCACCUGGGUCCACUGCCAGGUCAUCGGCGGUUACCCCGGUGGCAUCUACGGCGGUGGCUACGGCAACAUCAUCCCUAGCGGAUGCAACGAUAACGCCGACAUGGACUUCCUCUUCCCCAUCCUUCUGCUGUCCCUCUUCAACAGAAACAACAACAACGGAGGAGGAUGCGGAUGCAGUGGUGGAUGCAACGGAGGCUGCGGCGGCAGCUGUGGUGGCUGCGGACGGUACAACUGAGGUGGUAGGCCAGGACACAGUGUAAGGGAUGCUCUUACGAUCGUAUCAUGAAAAGACACUAAAAUCUCGAAUCAAACUUAAGCGUAAAUUACUCUGUGGUUGAUAUAAAUUACCGAAAUUCUACCAAUCACAGAUUUAAUUCAGGCUCAGGUUAAAAUCGAGAUUUGAGCAUCAUCUGAUAAUACGGGCCUAAGAUAGUUGCUUGUGAUUUCGAAAAGUUAUAACUUUUUAGCUCUCUCUGAAUCUUAUUACAUAAAGUUAAAGUCUAAUUGAUACUGUGCCAUAGCUAUGUUUUAAAUUACUCAAUUUUUGAAGACUUUAAAAUCCUGAUUUCGCCAAAGUAAGUGGUGGAACAGAAACACUGAUGGAAUACACAAGCUAAAAACACCAAGUAAAUAAAGAUUUCUAGUAAUAUAUGAAUAAAAUGAAAUAAAUUUAAUUGAGAAAAAGCUGCAAAAAUUUAAAGAUGUGACUAAAAGCAACCGAACACUGUGACCGAAGUCUAAUCUCAACAUGUUAAUUUUUCCUAAACAUCAAGAAAUGAAAAAACAUGUAAAUAUGUUCGUCAUAAUUCAUAACUGGUGGUGAAAGUUAGUGAUGU